AUGGAGCCCGCGGCCACCACCAGCAUCCAGGUGCUGCUCCAGGCGGCCGAGUUCCUGGAGCACCGGGACCACCGCGACCCGCCCAGCCUCGCCAAGGCCGAGCACGGCUACGCCUCGCUCUGCCCCGCGCGGUCGCGCCGGGCCGUGGGCAGCGUCAGGUCGGUACACAACGCGCUGGAGAAGCACAGGAGAGCCCAGCUCCGGUGCUGCUUGGAGCGGCUGAAGCAGCAGGUGCCGGUGGGCUCGGAGCCGACCCGUCCCACCACGCUGAGCCUCCUGCACCGUGCCCGGCUUCACAUCCAGAGGCUGGAGGAGCAGGAGCUCAGGGCGCGGAGGGCCAAGGACCGCCUGCGGGACCGGCAGCGGAGCCUGCGGCGGCGGCUGGAAUGGCUGCUCCUACCCACCGACGGGGAACGGUCACGGGCUGACAGCCUGGACUCAUCCCAGUUCUCGGAGCCCUCCGAGGAAGAGGAUGCCGAGGUAGAGGUGGAUGGCGUGGUGUUCGGUGGGGACCUGCUGCACGCCUUCGGCACUGGGAGGGACCACAGCUACUCCAGCCUCCACAGCCCGGAAUCCUGACUGUGCCCACUGCCUUCCCUGCACUGCCUGCCCGCCUCCUUCCUGCUGGAAAUGCAGCCUCCCCCGGCCUCAUCACAGCCAGGGUAAGGGGCCACAGGUGGGGAUGAGCACUCAGCUUGGCCUCCAGCAGCUGGGCAGCACUGGGGGCAUGGGGCUGGCACUGCACUGUGGCACCCACUGUGCACUGCAAAGCACUAGGAGAGGCACUGGGAGAGGGCCCAGCUGUCUCGGGGAAACCCUCACACCUCCCCCUG